AUGGUCCACGCAGCAGAUCCCGACAGCACGACCUUCAACGAAUUCAUCGAGCACACGAAACUUAACGGACAUGGAAUCCAGGAGCUCUCAUCAAGGAAGCCCAGCAAUGCAUCCGCAAUCGACAAGCGUGAUAUGUGGCGCAUGGGCAAAGUCCAAGAACUUCGACGUUACUUUGGACCAUGGGCAAUCAUUGGCUUCGCCUCUAUCCUAGGAUGCGCAUGGGAGUAUGCCCUGAUCACUGUUAUAUUCUCGCUGCCAAACAAAGGUCCAGCCGGGGCCGCAUACAUGUUUCUGGCCUGCUGUGUCGGCCUGAUGCCCGCCACUCUGUCCUUGGCUGAGAUGUCCACUAUCGCUCUGGUUGCGGUCAUGUUCAACACUGUGUUGGUGCGCAAGCUGCCGGUCUUUGAAUUCAUCAUCCUGAUCCUCCACAUAGCUGCGUACAUUGCCUUCGAAGUAGUGUUGCUAUCAAUGGGCCCGCAGUCGACAAGACAAGAAGUCUUCGAGCAGUGGGAGAAUGCGAACCGCUGGCCCAGCCUUCCGACCGCCGUUCUUGUGGGCAUCAUCGCGCCAGUGACGACUUUGACCUCGGCCGACAGCAUCUGUCAUCUCGCUGAGGAACUCAAGGAAGCAUCGAUCUGGUUGCCUCGUUGCAUGGUCGGCGCGGCAGCACUUAACUUCAGCAUUAGCUUUCUGAUGCUACUCACAGUGCUCUUCCGCGCAGGCGACAUCGAGAAGGCCAUCAGCUCCCCGACCGGACAACUAUAUAUCGAGAUCUUACUCAACACCACUGGAAGUGUUGCAGGAACGGCAAUCAUGGUGUCCUACAUCAUCCUGAGCUUGCUGUUCUGCGCUGUCAACAUGGUCACAACGAGCUCAAGGCAGCUGUACAGCUUUGCGCGAGAUGGCGGACUACCUUUCUCGAAGUUCUUUGCAAAGGUCUCUCCGCGCAACCAUAUCCCGAUGAAUGCGGUCUGCAGUACUCUGAUCUUCACAGUGGUACUGUCCCUCGUCCUGAUCGGGUCACCACUGGCCUACAAUAUCAUUGCCAGCUUGGGCGCAGCAUCCAUCUUAGGAAGCUACCUAAUCUCCAUCAGCUGCAUCGCGUACAGGAAAGCGACAGGCUAUAGAUUGCCUCCAACCAGAUUCCCACUGGGCAGACUUGGACUUCCCAUCAACAUUUUGGCACUGUGCUUCCUUAGUCUGGCUUUUGUACUGGUCUUUUUCCCAGCUGCACCCGAUCCAAAGCCGCAGGACAUGAACUGGGUGUCUCUGAUCUUCGGAUCCGUCAUUGGCUUUGCGCUGAUCUUCUACGUGGUGAGCAAGCGGAACACUUACAAAGGGCCUGUUGAGUAUGUUAGACCUGAACGAGACUGGGAUGUGGUUGAGAUGUCUGAUCGCAAGGCAUCGUGGAAAUCGUAG